GAGAGAGAGAGAGAGAGAGAGAGAGAGUCAGUGUGCGUGAGAGGAGCAAACGCGACGAUUCUUCACUUUCUUCAGGCGUUCGACGCUCACGUCACGUCUGUUUUCCGAUUAAAUCUACUUGAAAUUAUUGUAUUUGUGACGUCCCGCGAGCCGGCGUGAUGAUGGCAGACGGUGAGGUUCAUAUGACCAAAGUAAAUGAUGUGGGAAACAGUGGGACCACCAGUAAGACCCUGUCCACCAUGGGUUCAUCGUCAUCACCCCGGCGAGGAUCCACGGUGAGCUUCCACAAAAUCCACUACAGUGUGAAGAUGAAGAGCGGCUUCCUCUGCAAGAGAAAGAUCACAAAGAAAGACAUCCUCAUCGACCUCAAUGGUCUAAUGAAGCCGGGGCUGAACGCCAUUUUGGGAGCAACAGGAAGUGGAAAAUCAUCUUUUCUGGACGUCCUGGCUGCCCGUAAGGAUCCUGCCGGUCUGUCUGGAGAGGUUCUAAUAGACGGAGCUCCACAACCUCCAAACUUUAAAUGUUUGUCUGGAUAUGUGGUUCAGGAUGAUGUGGUCAUGGGCACACUGACCGUUCGAGAGAAUCUGCGUUUCUCAGCCGCUCUACGUCUUCCCAAAUCUAUCAAGCAGAGAGAUAAAGAUGAGAAGGUCGAGAGACUCAUUCAAGAGCUCGGAUUGAGCAAAGUGGCAGAUUCACGGGUGGGCACACAGCUGAUUCGUGGAAUCUCGGGUGGAGAGAGGAAGAGGACUAAUAUCGGUAUGGAGCUGAUCAUUGAUCCUUCAGUCCUGUUUCUGGAUGAGCCCACCACGGGUCUGGACGCCAGCACGGCAAACUCGGUCCUCAAGCUGCUCAAGCGGAUGGGGAACAGCGGUCGCACCAUCAUCCUGUCCAUCCAUCAGCCGCGGUACUCCAUCUACCGGCUGUUUGACAGUCUCACGCUGCUGGUGAACGGGAAUCUGGUUUAUCACGGAGCCGCUCAGAAUGCUCUUGAGUACUUCAGUGACAUCGGAUACACGUGUGAACCUCACAACAACCCUGCUGAUUUCUUCCUGGACGUCAUCAACGGAGACUCUUCGGCCGUGACGCUCAACAAACUCAACGACAGCGAGGAACUGGAUCAGGAGCAGGUCACUUCAUCUCUGAAGGGCAUCGAGGAGCGUCUGGUGGAGGAAUACAAGAAAAGCUCCAAUUUUAAAGAAACUCAAAGUGAGCUGCAGAAAAUCGUUCAGGUUCAGGAAUACAGCAUACGUCCCAAAUCCAGAACCAUCACCUACAACACGUCCUUCUUUCAUCAGUUCAGAUGGGUUCUCAAGAGAACGUUCAAGAACCUCUUGCUCAAUCCUCAGACAUCAGUCGCUCAGAUUGGAGUGAUGAUUUUUCUGGCUCUUAUUGUUGGUGCCAUAUUUUUUGGAGUGCAAGCCAAUUCGAGUGGAAUUCAGAACAGGAUGGGCGCUCUUUUCUUCAUCACAACAAAUCAGUGCUUUAGUUCUGUUUCCUCAGCCGAGCUUUUCAUCACAGAGAGGAAACUAUUUGUACACGAGUACAUCAGUGGAUACUACAGAGUCUCCGUCUAUUUUCUGUCUAAGAUUCUGUCUGACAUCAUCACCCUGCGAACCAUUCCUGCCAUCAUCUUCAGCUGUGUGGCGUACUGGAUGAUAGGACUGAAAGCGGCUGCAGACGCGUUCUUCAUCUUCCUCUUCUCCAUCAUUAUGGUGUCAUACACGGCCACAUCCAUGACACUGGCCAUCUCUGCUGAUCAGACUGUGGUCGCCAUCGCCAACAUCUUCAUGACCAUCAGCUUUGUGUUCAUGAUGAUCUUUUCCGGGCUGUUGGUGAAUUUGCCCAGCGUGGCUGCGUGGUUGAACUGGUUGAAGUAUCUCAGUAUUCCUCGCUACGGUCUGGCUGCUCUGCAAAUCAAUGAGUUUACAGGACUUACAUUCUGUGACACGAGGAACAUAUCGAUCUCCGGGCCUGUAGAAGUAUGUUCAUCAGGACAAGAAUUUCUGGGCAAUCAGGGCAUUGAUUUUUCUAGCUGGGGUCUGUGGCAAAACCAUUUAGCUCUGGGCAUCAUGACCAUCAUUUUCCUGAUGAUUGCAUAUCUCAAACUGCGCUUCAUCAAUAAAUUCACAUAGUCACACACACUAGACCUAUCAGUAUAGAGCUGCUAACAUCACAUCACUUUAAUGGCCAGUUUGUUUUCACAUAAGAAGGAAACAACAUCAGCACGCAAGUAAAUAACAUGCCUGCACACAUCUGAUAAUGAGAAAUAUUCCUAUGGAAAUGCUUCACCGAUCAUCUUGACUGCUCAGGUUUUGAAGGAAAAACGUUUUAACAAGACAUUCAUGUUUAGAAGUUUUGUUUUGUUUUAAAUCAGUUCCGUCAGUGCACACAGUAAAGAAUUGCUGUCAAUAUGGAGUCACUCCAGAUUUCUUGUUUUGUUACUGUAAAUGUGAAACUAAGUGAAUGUUUCUGAAGUUUAUUUCCUAUUGUUAAUCUUUAAUAUUUUUGUAAUUUGUGCAAAAGACUCAAUAAAAAUGUUAUUUUUCAGG